AUGUCGUCAUCGGAAUCAGAGAAGACUUCUCCUAUCUACCUCGAGAACCCCCAGUACAUCCAGAAGGUUGUACAGGAAGGUCUUCUCCUCGGCGGUGGCGCAGCCGCCAUCCUUCUCCAAGUCGCCAUGCCCGGCGUCGGUAAAGGGGUUGAUAACCACAGUAACUUCUCUUACCGGCCUCUGGACCGUCUCCGUACUACAAUGACGUUCGUCUACUGCAUGGCGUUCGGCACCCCUGACGAGAAAAGCACUGUUGUCGACAUGGUGCAUCGCGCUCAUGCCCCUGUCAAGGGAGCGGACUACGAUGCCAACGACACCCAGCUUCAGGUCUGGGUUGCUGCGACGCUGUAUGCCGUCGGAACCGACAUGUACGAGCAGAUCUUUGGUCCGAUGGACGAGCCUACCGCCGAGCGAUUAUAUCGCGAGUACGCCGUUCUGGCGGUGUCGCUUCGCGUCAAGCCGGAGGAAUGGCCUGAAAGUCGGAAGGCGUUUUGGGAGUACUGGGAUGAGCAGGUAGAGACUAUGGAGGUUACGGACAAUGCGAAGAACGUGGCGAAAGAUCUGCUCUUCAAUAAUAAGUUGCCUGUGCACUUUCGCGUCCUCAUGCCCUGGGUCCGGCUUAUUACGGCGGAGCUGCUUCCCCCGCGUAUCCGAGAGGCGUAUGGCCUGAAGACCACCAAGCUGCGAAGAGGCGCCUAUCGAAUGACAGUGGGCUUCACGAAAGCGACAUACCCCUGCUUGCCCAAGUUCGUGCGCACCUAUCCGAAAAGGUACUACAUGAAGGACAUGCGACGGAGACUGCAGAGUAAGGUUCGUGAACAGGGAAAGGACUUGGCAGUCGUGCAGUUCGAGUCAGAAAUUCUGAUUCAGGAGGCAAACCCUACCCCGAACGGGUCCUCCCCUCUUGGUCUUGGUGAUCGUUUCCCCAUUUUGCGACGAUCAGUCCCUAUUAUGCGGAUUUAUGCUGUCGCACCUGGCAUUAUGGACGGGCGUCCCGAAUGUGUGCUUCGUGGCAAGCUACCGCGGAAAGGGUUUGCGAUCACAUCCUACGAUGAUUCGCGUCCCCUCGGCGUGGACCCCGCGAGUCGAACGAUCCCCGCCGGACACGUUAUCUUCUCAUCAUACCCAUUUCUUGAUUUCCGUGGCGAGAGCUCCCUGGACAAAGACGAUUUGGCAUAUCUAGCAACCAAAGGAUGUCUGAGUGUUCCUGACAAGACGCUGAUUGAGGACUUUCUCCGGGGAUACUUCCUGCACAUUCAUCCGUACGUGCCGGUUCUUGACGAGGCUGAAGUCUGGGAUCUGUAUGGGCUACUGGACGAGGAUGAUGAUUCCCAAAGGAUUUCACUUUUUGUGUUUCAGUCGAUUCUUUUCGCUAGUUGUCCGUAUGUUUCGAAAGAGACCAUUCUGAAAUGUGGAUUUGAGGAAAAGAGGAGCGCAAGGAAUACGUUUUACAAGAGAGCCAAGAUCCUUUUCGAUCUCAAAGCAGAUGACCGACCUUUGAUACAAUCCCAAGGCGCAACUCUUUUGUCCCUUCAUACCUCGGCGGAUGAGCCCCAAGCAGGGAGCCUGUGGUUGACCCGCGCCAUCCAGGCUGCGAUGGUUGUUGGGUGCAAACCUGGGCCCUCCGAGGAUGUAGAGGCUUCUGUCAAGAAGCGACUCUGGUGGUCUAUCAUCCUCCGCGACCGAAGCUUGUGUCUUGGCCUCCGACGUCGCCCGCAGGUCACCUCCGUCGACUGUGGAAUGGGAGUCGAACCUCUUGAAGAGGAAGACUUGGCGGAGGAAAUCCGAAGAUCGCAAGUGUAUAGCCCUAGUAUAAAACGUCUAUUGUUCAAGGCGCUUCAGGAACAAUGCCGCUUGGCAGUCCUAUUGACUGAAAUGGUGUCCGUUACGUUCGCUUCACAUGGACUAUCCGCACCUAGUCUCUCACUUGAUGAGUUCAAAGAGUCGCUGGAGAAGAUUAGCCGAAUAAAAGAGUCCAUGCAACAGUGGGAAAUAUGCUCGAGAAUGUCUACCUGGAUGAAGGACGAUCUGCCAGACCCGGUUACGCUCUUUACCAAUUUCACUCUUAUGUAUUUUCAAACUGCGCGAAUAGACCUCGCUCAUUACGAAGCACUUCUCGUCGAGAAUCACAUUGCCUUUGUUGGGCAGGACUAUAUCUCCCAGCUCGUGGGAAUAGGUGCUACACUCCAAGAGGCCAUGAGCAACCUCACCUCUAUAAUGGAGUAUUUCAGUCGCGAAGGUCGGGCGCAGAGUCUUCCACUGAGCGUGUCAGUCACCUGUGCCACUCUAUUCAUCUUCCGCCAUCUGAUAAUCGUAUUUAGUCUCGCAUACGUGGCCAUGCCCCUCGUCCUCACCGCGAUCGACCUCAAACUCUCCUCCUCUUCUACAGAACUUAACACUAGACGCCGCCACCUUGACGCUCUUGGAGAAAUAGUUCGCCAUUCCGGACACUCCUACGAUGUAACAGAUUUUGUCAGCACGGGUACAAAUCAUAUCCUUCAAUUAGCGUACAUCACAGCGCAGCAUCUCUUUCUUCGGUGGGACCGCGACUCGGCUUCUCCUUCGUCGACGCAGUCGUCGACUGGGUUCGGAACUGAUGAUGAAGCUGUAGAAGCGCAAUCGCAGCCGUAUGUGGCUCGCAGAGCGAAGGAUUGGUAUGAUGCUUUCUUACAGUGUCCCCGCGCGUACCUCUUGAUCUCUACCUCUGUGGAUUACAGUCUUGCCGUUGGGCGGUUGCCAGGAGAUGGCUGUCUUCCGGAGUUGGUGAGAUGUAUUCCGCCUAUUGGAGUGGGGAUCCGUUUACCCUGGACGGUAGACGUGAGAGAUACGGGAGCAAAGCCUCCCAUCAAGACUGUUUCGUCGUCCAGUCCCGGUGCAGAGCAUGGCAAUAAGCCCCAACACCAGAAUUCCCAGCCUGUCGCGGGACCAGAUGGCUGUGGGGAUGACGAUCAAGUGAACUUAGAUUAUUUUCAUAUGGACAUCAUAUCGAUUAGCUCGUCAAGUCCUGCUGGUGAAGGUGUUGCUGUCCUCCAGGAGUCUAGUGACCCGGAUGAGCGGGACGGUACGCAGGAGGAAAUUGUUCCGGAUUUUGACGCAGACCUAGACCUUGAUUUGAACGAGUGGCAGUUGGAGAACCAAGAUGAUCUAUUCGAUCCUUUUAUCACGUCUAUGGUACAGGACUAUCUUGGUGGCAGGGGCAGUCCGGGGUCAGAUAGAGGGAUAGCAGUUAUCGAGAGCUAA